CUACAUUCACAGGGUGACAAAUGCAGCUGGCUGACAUCAGGACUUACGUCUGGAUAUUUUUUUUUUCCACCGAGAUACAGUAGAAGAACCUUCUGGUUUUCAGAGAUCACUAUAUUUUAAUUAUGGUCUCAUUACAUUUUCCUCAAUGGGCAGUGAGUUUUGUCCUCUUUGCCCAGACUGUGGGUUCAAUGGACACUUUUAUUGCUGCCGUAUAUGAACAUGCUGUUAUACUGCCAAACGAAACAGAAACUCCUGUUCCCACCGAAGAGGCUCUGCUCCUGAUAAACAAGAACAUAGACAUUUUGGAGAGCGCAAUCAAGCUGGCAGCCAGACAGGGUGCACAUAUCAUUGUGACGCCAGAAGACGGGAUCUACGGUUGGGUCUUCACCAGGGAGACCAUUUACCCCUACCUAGAGGAUAUACCAGACCCUGAAGUGAACUGGAUUCCCUGUAGAGACCCUAAGAGGUUUGGCUACACACCAGUACAGGAGAGACUUAGCUGCCUCGCCAAGGAGAGCUCUAUCUAUAUUGUGGCAAAUAUUGGGGACAAGAAGCCCUGCAAUACUACUGAUCCUCACUGUCCCCGGGAUGGCCGUUACCAGUAUAAUACCAAUGUGGUCUUCGAUUCUAAGGGUAGGCUAACAGCCCGCUACCAUAAGUACAAUCUUUUUGAACCAGAGAUUCAGUUUGAUUUCCCCAAAGAUUCAGAGCUGGUGACCUUUGACACCCCGUUUGGGAAGUUUGGCAUCUUCACUUGCUUUGACAUUUUCUCUUAUGACCCAGCCGUGGUGGUUGUAAAGGACGCCCAGGUUGACAGUGUUCUCUUACCCACGGCGUGGUACAACACCCUGCCCCUGCUAUCAGCAGCUCCAUUCCAUUCAGCGUGGGCCAGAGCCAUGGGGGUCAACGUGCUUGCUGCAAACACCCACAACACCAGGAUGCACAUGACAGGGAGUGGCAUCUACAGCCCGGAAGCCGUCCAAGUGUACCACUACGACAUGGAGACAGAGAGUGGCCAACUGCUGCUUUCAGAGCUGAGGUCUCGGCCCCGCCAGCAUGCCACCCCUGCAGAGGUUGACUGGAGCGCUUAUGCCAGGACUGUGAAGCCGUUCUCAUCGGGGCAGGCAGACUUCCCGGGAAUGAUUUAUUUUGAUGAAUUCAGCUUCACCAAGCUUAUGGGAAGUGCUGGCAAUUACACAGUUUGCCAAAAGGACCUGUGUUGUCACCUGACUUAUAAGAUGUCUGAGAGCCGAAUGGACGAGGUGUAUGUCCUCGGUGCCUUUGAUGGACUCCAUACAGUGGAAGGCCAGUAUUACCUACAGAUAUGUACAUUGCUGAAGUGUCAAACCACCAACUUGAGAACUUGUGGGGAACCCGUGGGGUCAGCUUUUACAAAGUUUGAAGAAUUCUCUCUCAGUGGCACCUUUCGGACAAAAUAUGUCUUCCCACAGAUCGUCCUAAGUGGGAGUCAACUUGCCCUGGAAAGAUAUUAUGAAGUCUCAAGAGACGGUCGUCUGAGGAGCCGAGGUGGAGCCGCUUUGCCUGUCUUAGUGAUGGCCCUCUACGGAAGAGUGUUUGAGAGGGACCCUCCACGCUUAGGGCAGGGACCUGGGAAGCUGCAAUGAUCCCUUCGUUGGGGACCCCAGAGAGCGGGGCUGUAAAAGAGAGAGAACAAGGAUCUGCAGUGUCCCAUUGGGAGAUACGAUGUAAGCUGCUGAAAAAGCAAAGCAAAUGAAAGUAAACAAUAAAUAAAAUAAAAUAAAAAAGCAACUGCGAUGCUAUGGCCUGCAUAU